UAUGGACACAUAUAUAUUUUAGGUUACAUAUUUUUCGGGAUCCCGUGUGGUCGACCACCCGCAAAACUACUUCUUAUAUUUCACCCACACAAAUAGAAAUAGCAAAUUCUUUGAUCUCAUUCCAGUUACCAGCUAGCACUCAUCCCUUCAAGAUGAUGCGAAAAUUUUUAAAUGGGAAGAAGGGGACUUCACAUUUUGAUCGUACAAAGAUAGUGAAAAGAGAGCAAUAUUAUAACUAUGAAUGGCAAUCUGAUCGAGGAGUGAGAGCUCACAUAGAAAGAAUUUAUGGUUUGUGUAAUAAAUUGAAGGAAAUGGGUGAUUUGAUUAGUCACUAUGCAGCUACCAAACACAUGAUGGAUUGCAUGCCAAAUGAUUUGAAGCCAUUAUGUCAAGCAGUCUUUGAUCAAACUAUUGAAGAGGGGCCUUGCUUCGAGGUCCGAGUCGACUACGACAUGUUCGUCACUCGACUGCUCGAUCGUUGGGAAGUUCUUGUGAACGGAAGAGUCGAGGUGAGCGACGAGGAGAGGGAGGGCGAACGUAUGGAGAUGUCGCAACGGAAGAGGAAGAAGAGGGUGAGAGUCAAUCGAAUCGAGGAUAGUAGCGACGAUGAUCUUUGAUAGUAUUGUGUGAUAGAGCGAUUACUUUGCAUGAAUGAGAGAGAAUAGUGAAAGAGGAAGGGUCAUUAUUAGUAUUUUUAUGUUCUAUUUAAUUUCUGAUAAUUUUUUUAUAGGUAUGUUAAAGUCAUUUUAUUAACACA